AUGCCGAUUCCUAUUAAUGGCGGAAAGGGAGGGCAUGCAGAGGAUGUUCACAUAGAUUUUUCUAAAGAACUGAAGGAGGAUGUGGUGUUUUGGGAAGAUUAUGCAGUAAUAGCCAAAAUAAUAGGACUAAACUGGCCGAGAAAGGAAAUUAGAAAUUGGGUCGAAUGUAAUUGGGGAAAAAGAACCGUAACGAAAUUUAUCGCUAAGGGUUUCUUUGUAGUUUUGUUCGAAAAGGAGGAGAGAAACAGAGUACUCACAGAUAGAAACUGGUUCAUCUUGUCGCAUGCAGUCUACAUCCAACCAUGGACACCUCAUUUUGACCCCACCCCGUUGGCUGUUUAUUCUGAGCCGGUAUGGAUUCGAUUAUAUAACCUCCCGAUAGAAUACUGGAGUGAGGAACUUUGGGAGAAAAUUGGUAGAACAUUGGGUACAUUGUUGGAAACAAAUUUCAACGAUGUAGAAGACAUAUGUAAAUGCGCCCACAUGAAAAUUGCAGCAGUCAAGAAAAUUCCAGAGAGAAUAACCUUGGUUUCAGAAUUUGGGGAAUGGUCCCAAAAGGUGGAGAUUGACAAAGAAAUAUCAAGAUGCCCGAGGUGUGGCAGUAAAUUCCAUGGAGAGCAAGAAUGCAAGAUGUUCGUCAAAAAGGCUAACAAGAUUUCUAGAAAACCAUUACAGGAAAUUAGGAAGAUUACUGUGGAGAACGCAGUAUCAGAAAUUGGUGAGAUAAGGAUGAAGGAAAUCAAUGUUGGAACUAGCAAUGGAAAUCCAUUUGAUUGUAGCAUCAACAGAGAGGAGGUCUUCAGAGAUUCUGCUUUAAAAGGGAAAGGAUUGUCAGAUAUAGAAUUCGAAUAUGAUAGGGGUUCAGAUGAUGAACCUUAUAUUAUCGAUGAAUUAGAGAACAUUGAUCCUCAAAGCAUUAGUCAAUUGGCUAAUGUCUUGUUGGGGAAAACAAAAGGAGUGAGGGGCAGAAGAAGCAAUAAAUAG